CAUACAAGGUUGUGCAAUUGCUCCUCUCUUUACAAGGAUCAAAAUUAGAGGAAAAUGAUCCAAUGAGAAGUCAACUGUUGCAAGCAUGGGCCAGACUCGGGAAAUGCUUGGGACAUGAAUUCAAACCUUAUAUGAGUGUUGCCAUUCCGCGGUUGCUUAAAUCUGCUAAAAUUGGAUCAUAUGUCAUUAUACCUGAGAAUCCUGACGAUGUUGAAGAAUCGGAUGGCAGUAUCAGGGCCCUGAUUCUUGGAGAUAGAAAGAUUUGGAUCAAAACUAAGGUCCUGGAGGAGAAACUCACAGCUUGUAAAGGGCUGUAUUUACUGGCUGAUGAGUUGAAGGAAGGCCUUUCAGUAUGGAUUGAAAAGGUUGCUCGGACUUUAGUUCCACGUCUCAAAUUUGCACACAGUGAAGAAAUCCGAAGAGUUGCUGCUUCAGCCAUGCCAGUGCUAUUAAAAUCAUCUAAAGUAGCAACACAAGAAGGGUAUCUUGAGUGGUCUGCUGACGAAUCUCCUUUUAAGAAGUUAUACUCUUAUGUGGUAACGGCUCUGGUUAAAGCUCUAAGUAAGGAAUCAUUGCUUGAGAUUACGGCAGUAAUUUUGGACUCUUUGGAUGAAUGCAUGAAGAUGUCUGAACAUGUACUAGAUGAAGACCAGACUGACCUGUUCUUAAAAGCGAUAAUGAAUGUUCUGCAAAAGAUUUCAUCUCUUUCAAGAAGCAAAGUUGGGGCUAUUGAAGGAAUAAAUCAGACAUUACCAGAUGAGGAAAAUGGGGAAGAACAGAAAGUUUAUGACAAAGCAGCUGCUUGUUUGACCACUUUCAUCAUAACACACAAGAACUCUUUCUCACCAUUCAUCGGCAAGCUUGCGCCAUGCAUAGAACUUAUGUGGGUAAAGGAUAGAAUAGUCGAAGAGCGAAGAAUUGCCUUGCAUGUAUUUUGUGAUGUUGCGAAGCAAUUCCAAGAAGAAGCAUUUAGGCGGUGCAAGAUUAGUCUUCUAUUUCUGUUUAAAGCAUGCAAGGAUGAGAACCCCGAAGUUCAAGAGGUAGCUGCGCAGGCAAUUGGUACAGCGGCAGAGUUUGGUGGGUCUGUAUUCAAGUCUUUUCUUAAAGGGGCUGUUUCUGCUUUGAAUGCGGUUAUGGGGCAUCCUAACGCAUUGCAGAUGGAAUAUGUAAUGGCCCAUGAUACUGCUGUUUCUGCUCUAGGAAAAAUUUUGCAGUUCCAUCGUGAAAAACUCAAAGCGGAAAAGGUUUUGAGGAUAUGGUUAGGCCAUUUGCCACUGAAAAAUAAUCUAGAGGAGGCCAAAGUUGUUCAUCGGCAGCUAUGUUCAUUGGUUGAAGUGUCAGAUGGGGAACUUCUAGGCACCCAAAAGGCUUAUCUUUCCGAAAUUGUUGCUGUUUACGCCGAGAUCCUGUGGGCAGGCAAGAAGUUAGCUACUGAGGAAACUGUAAACCAAAUGAUCAAGCAAUUGAAACUUCACAGUAGAAGGUCAGCCCCUUCUACCUGGAGAUCCAUCAUGCUCUCCCUGGAACCCCAUCUGCAGAAGAAGUUGGAAUCCAUAUUGUCAUCCUAGAUUUCUAUGUACAAUGGGCAAUGUUGUCUGUCCCUCUUUAAAACGUUUGUGCUAAUCAACAAGUUUGCUCAUUGCUGCAUGUAUAUGAACUAUUCUUAUGUGCAUUCAUCCUGUCACCCCUAACAGUUCCUGGAAUACAUAAAUCGAAGGAAUGAAUCGCU